AUGGCUCCCAACGGCGACACUUUUGUCAUGAACCCCUCCGGCCCGGAGCCACCCACACGUUACGCACAUGCUCGCUUCGCUCCUGCCGGCUCGCACCGCACCAUCUACAUUUCGGGCAUUGCCUGCGUGCACCCUGCGACCGGCGAGUGGCCAGGUGCGAAGGACAACGGUGACGGCACGUACGAGCUUGACGUGCGGGUACAGACAGCAGCGGCGCUGUCCAACAUUGAUCUCAUCAUCCGCGAGGCGACUGGCGGCAAGGGCAGCGUCAAGAACCUAAUUGACAGUGUUGUAUUCGUGGUGGACAUGAAGCGGGACUACCAGGGCAUGAACGAGGAGUGGAACAAGGUAUUCGCAACGAGGGCCGAGGCACCGGCGAGGGCGACUAUUGGGGUCAAGGAGCUGCCGGAUCCAAGGAUGUUGGUAGAGAUCAAGGGUGUUGCUGUUGUUGAAAUGUAA